AUGCAAGGACUCCAUCACCAACAGCAGCAACUCGCGGCGUUUCUCUCUGUCGCCAUCCCCAAGGACGAUUCCGCCUCCGCCUCCGCCUCCGUCCCAUCCUCUAACUCCGACGACGAUGACUCCGCUCGGCUCACCGCCAUCAAUUCGCUCCACCGCGUCGUCACCAAGCUCGCCCUCAAAUGCGACCGCAGAUCCGUCAGCGUCGGCGACGAGGCGCUCGUCCUCAUUUCUGCGAUGCCAAGUCCCAAGCAGAACUAUGGUGAAAAAGUUAUUGUACAGUUCGAAGAUUUUGCAAACCACAAUGCUUUCGAGCUGCUGGCCAAAUAUAGAGCAUCUCAUCUCGUCUUCAAUGAUGACAUACAGGGGACGGCAUCUGUAGUUCUUGCAGGAGUUGUGGCAGCACUGAAGUUAAUCGGUGGUUCCCUGUCUGAGCAUAGGUUUUUGUUCCUUGGUGCUGGAGAAGCUGGUACCGGUAUAGCAGAACUAAUAGCUCUUGAGAUCUCGAAAAGGACAAAAGUUCAUGUGGGAGAAACCCGUAAGAAGAUCUGGCUUGUUGAUUCAAAAGGAUUGAUUGUUAUCUCUCGUAAAGAUUCUCUUCAACAUUUUACGCAGCCUUGGGCUCAUGAGCAUGAGCCUGUUGAUAAUCUUUUGGAUGCGGUCAAGGCAAUUAAACCAACAGUUCUUAUUGGAUCAUCUGGUGUUGGAAGAACAUUUACAAAGGAGGUGAUUGAAGCAGUAUCGUCCUUCAAUGAGAAACCUCUCAUUUUGGCUCUUUCCAACCCAACAUCACAAUCUGAAUGUACCGCUGAAGAAGCUUAUACUUACAGUGUGGGUCGCGCAAUUUUUGCCAGCGGAAGCCCAUUUGAUCCUGUUGAGUACAAGGACAAAGUUUUUGUUCCUGGCCAGUCCAACAAUGCAUACAUUUUUCCUGGAUUUGGUCUGGGUUUGGUUAUCUCUGGAGCAAUCCGUGUUCACGAUGACAUGCUUCUGGCAGCCUCGGAAGCCUUGGCGGGGCAAGUUUUCGAGGAGAAUUUUGCACAGGGGCUGAUCUAUCCACCAUUGUCGAACAUCAGAAAGAUUUCUGCCCAAGUAGCUGCUAAUGUAGCUGCCAAGGCAUAUGACCUUGGCGUGGCUACGCGUCUCCCUCGUCCUGAGAAUCUUGUGAAGCAUGCCGAGAGUUGCAUGUACAGUCCCGUCUACAGAAACUACCGCUAAACAGCAUCUUCACCAUCUACUUCAACAUCUA